GCUCCUUUGUGUGUUUCCGUUUCUCUGAAAAAGAUAUGGAAAAUUUUGAAGCUUUUUUUUUGACUAGAAAUUUUGAAGCUUUAAGGGAUAUGUCAGUGUCUCCUUAAUGUUAAGUGCUAUCAAUUUCGAAUAAGUACAAAAGGCUUAGGACAAAUAGCAGAUCUAAAGGCGACUUAUGAGGUUUGUCUAUGGAUAGCUUUUGUGUUCUUUAUUGGAACUCAGAUUAAGGACCUGACUUACCAACCCCAACCAUGUGUUUUAGAGUUAUGCACAGCUUUUUAUGAUGCUUUUGUCAAGAUUAUUCUAUUAUGUAUCCUAUCUUACGUAUGUAUUCAUGCAGAGAUCUUCGUACUUUUUGGGUCAGGCCAUGUGACUUACUUUUCAUGCAAAAAGCUUCUCCGGUCUUUUGUCUUUAAACACCUUAGCCUGUUCGCUUUAGCUACUGCGCCUUCUUAAAAGCAACAAUGUUAUUUUGAUAGGGUCUUUCAAAUUUUCUUUUUGUCUUCGGCUUGAUGCUUGCCGGUGAGGCAGAACGUUAAACCCAGUGGCAUGGCACUUUCUUAGGCUCUGAGGUUUUUUGAGCUAUGUUGAUUGGUGAUAUUAAAGGGACUGUCUAAGGAAUAUCAUAUUCAUUCACGAAAACGAUGACACAAGUUUACCUUUCCACCUUUAUCACUUGAUUGUUGUACUGACUUCAUCUCCUUUUCAUAGUAAAGCUCACAUUUCCGAAAAGGUGGACCUUUGAAACCCCCUAUAAAAAGCUUUUAGUGAGAAGGCAUACUAUGUUCAAACAAAAAAGAAGGUGAUAAGGCACUACUAACUUGCUAAACACAACCAGGAACCGAGUUGAGACAGCCACUACAAAUCCUUUUCGGUGCUAAACAUCUUUUUAUCCUACCUAUUUGGAAUAGAUGCAGCAAGAGAUGACGCUUGUUUACUAAUAUAAGUAGUUGGUUUAUUAUUAGUAUAAUAUAUACUUUUUAUUUAACAGUUUCAUGAUUAACUUAUUUAUGUAUAUAAUACGCAACAAAACACAUAGCUGGUUUGCUUUAUGAUGCGUAAUUAACCUUCUUAACUAAUCUUAUAUGUUGAUAGCUACUGCUUCUUGCCUCCGAGCUCAUGGGCUUCUUAUAUGGUGAUUUCAGUGUGGGCUUUGCUAGAUUGGGUUUAGAGGUAUAUAUAACCAUAGAAAGUAAAAUUAUGUGAAUGCCUUAAAGGGGCGAGGAGUGGACAUAAGAACUCUUACAACAUAAAUGGAAAAGAGAUAGAAACUUAUUCAACAAAUGACAUGGGGAAAUCAUACGUUCUUUUGAUUAUCAUUGAUGUUCUCAAUCGUAACCACGCAAGAUCCAGAUUGCCUCUAGUCCUUGAACAACUUGGAUUGUAGGAGAUACGCAUUAAAUACACAUUCCUCAAUAGUUUUCUUCUUUUUGCAUACAGAAAAACAUUACAUAUGUUAUACUUCAUCUUCAUCUGUUUUUCUUUGUUGUUGUGGAUAUAUCAUGCUAGUUGAUAUCUUUAGAGCUGCUGGAUGGCAUAUUCUUCCAUUGUUAGCGUCCAUGUCUUUCACUGUCUCUAGCUGUAAAACGAUGUCCACGACAAAAGAAGUUCAGCCACCUAAAAUGACAUGUAGUGGUUGAUAGUUAACGAAAAACAACACAUGCUCCAGCAAUGUUGGGCGUAACGGUUGAGAAAACUAUGUGCUAAUUUACUAUUCUAAAUGAAGAACAACUUUCGUAACUUGUUGGAGUUUCUUUCAAGAGCCUAAAUGAUGCUGAUCAAAUCCGAAACACGUGCAUUCUGGUUGGCUCUGACUUGCUUUGAAACUCUACACGAAACCUGUGAUCUUCACUAUAUAGAAGACACCGAAGAAAAGGACAAACUCAAGAUAUGCCAUUGGCUGAUUUCUUUUUUAGGCCGAGGGAGAAAGUCUUUUAGGUUUUGAAGAUGGUGGAGAUUUAGAUAAAUUUCUGCACCCACCUCUCCUCUAACCAGCUCCUCCCUAAUGGUCAAAAUCCAUCACAUCAAGCCUGUCACAAUCACUGAUAGGUUUGGUACUAGGGCAUAGUGAUGGCUACUGAUGAACUACUUCCCAUUUAAAGACAAAAAUAAGAGAUCAAUUGAUAUGUGUUUGACCUUUUGUCCAUUGAAGACGGCUAUUCCCGAGAUGAUACUAAUAUUGCUUAAGACAAGCAGAAGAAUUUACAUUGAAUGAUUUUUUUCACACUGGGAGGAACCACGUUAUGAAAGGGACAUGAAGAGAAAAGGGUGCUAGGUUUAAUAUAAAUAGAAGUAAGAAGCAGUUAGUGGUUGUGAAGAGAGGAGGCAAGCGACCAACCUCAGAGAAAUAACAGUAUAGAGAGGAGGAAAAAAAGAAACAAAGACCGUUGUUAAUUAGAUACAGGAGAUCAGCGAACAUGGGAAGAUCUCCUUCUAGUGAUGACUCUGGUCUCAAGAAAGGUCCUUGGACUCCUGAAGAAGAUGAGAAACUUGUCAACUAUGUCCAAAAACAUGGUCAUAGUAGCUGGAGAGCUCUUCCUAAGCUUGCUGGUCUUAACAGGUGUGGGAAGAGUUGUAGGCUAAGAUGGACGAACUACUUGAGACCUGACAUCAAGAGAGGGAAAUUUUCUCCAGACGAGGAACAGACCAUCUUGAACCUUCAUGCAGUUCUUGGAAACAAGUGGUCAACGAUUGCAAACCACUUACCGGGGAGAACAGACAACGAGAUCAAGAACUUCUGGAACACUCAUCUGAAGAAAAAGCUGAUCCAAAUGGGAAUUGACCCCAUGACACACCGGCCUAGAACUGAUAUCUUCUCCAGCUUAUCUCAGCUCAUGUCUCUGUCCUCUAACCUGAGAGGUUUUGUUGAUAUGCAGCAACAGUUUCCAAGUGGUCAAGACCAAACUAUACUGAAACUCCAAACCGAGAUGGCCAAGCUCCAGUUGUUCCAAUACCUCCUUCAAUCACCUUCAAUGAAUAGCAACAUUAACAACCCUAAUGACUUUGACAUUCUCAGUCUCCUUAACACCAUUGCCUCUUUCAAAGACACCACCACCAGCAACAGUCUCGACCUUGGUUCCUAUCUUCAGGACUUCAACAGCUUACCAUCUCUAAAAACCUUAAACUCCAACAUGGAACCAUCAUCUAUUUUCCCCCAAACUCCUGAGGACAAUCACUUCAAGUUCUUUAAUCAAAGAGAGAACCUACCUGUAUCUCCAAUCUGGCUCUCGGAUCCUACCAACUCAACUCAGAGCAUGUUACCUUCUUUUGCUCCUUCAUCUGCUGUGAGUGAUGAUAUGAUUCGAAACCAAUACGUUAUUGAACAUGUCAAUAGCAAUCUCACCUCUUCAAGUCAAGAGUCAGGAGCUUCAGCUUCAGCUACAUGGCCUGAUCAUCUAUUGGAUGAUUCCAUAUUUUCCGACAUUAUUCCCUAGCCUUCUUACGUCUUUUCUGGUGUGUUUUGGAGGAACUGAUCAAUAUCAAAUUCACGCUUGGGACUAUGCUUGUUGGAGAAUUUAUUUGCAUUAUCUAUAUAUAUUGUAGGCAUAUGAUAUAUAUUUGUGUUGUUCAUGUUGUAGAAUGUACAGUAUAGUACAGGUAUCAUAACUCAUAUGCGUGUGAUGUUACUAAUGCUUUUUAGCAUAUGUUCUUCUCGCCGUGUUUUUAUAUAUAAAUUUAUAGAGAUGACUUUUGUGCAGUAAAGGUCACUUGUGGUUGUAAUUAGGGUUUUCCUUUUUUAUUAUUUGGAUUUUUUUGUUUUAGUUUUCUUGUUUACACACAUUCGAAUCAUCAUGGAUGAAUUAUACAGAUGUUAUCAAAGUUUUUGUAUCUUUAUGUUUUUAUUACCAAGGAAAUAUUAAAGUUAGUCUUA